AUGGUGCAGGCCUGGUACAUGGACAAGUCCACCGCCAACCCGCGGAUGCCCCACCGCGCGCACCCCAACCGCCCGGUGGGUCUGGAGCAGCUGCGCACGCUCGGAGUGCUCUAUUGGAAGCUGGAUGCCGACAAGCAUGAGAAUGAUCCAGAACUAGAAAAGAUCCGGAAGGAGAGGAGCUACUCCUGGAUGGACAUCAUCACCAUAUGCAAAGAUACACUUCCCAAUUAUGAAGAGAAGAUCAAGAUGUUCUUCGAGGAGCAUCUGCGCCUGAACGAGGAGAUCCGCUACAUCCUGGAGGGCAGCGGGUACUUCGAUGUCAGGGACAAGGAGGACAAGUGGAUCCGGAUUUCCAUGGAGAAGGGGGACAUGAUCACGCUCCCUGCUGGCAUCUAUCACCGCUUCACGCUGGAUGAGAAGAAUUACAUGAAGGCCAUGUGACUGUUUGUGGGCGAACCUGUGUGGACACCGUACAAUCGUCCGGCCGAUCAUUUCGAUGCUCGGGUACAGUACGUGAGGUUUUUGGAAGGAAGAGCAUAGCGGAGCUGCCCCGAAGAGAGUAACUGCAGCGUGUGAGACUCUGGCUGCGGUCACCUGUGGGAAAGUUGCUCACCUCUCUGCUUUCUUAGGAGGAAUUGAUGCUAGGCCAGCUAGCUCUCCUCGGCAAGAUUGUCAGAUCAGCUUCUUUUUAAUCAAAGCAUUGAUAAAAGUGAUUUUUACAUGGAAA